GAAGUCAAGGUAAAUUGGGCGACUACUCCUAGCAGUCAGAAGAAAGACACAUCUAAUCACUUUCAUGUUUUUGUGGGAGAUUUGAGCCCUGAGAUCACAACUGAUGACAUCAGAGCUGCAUUUGCACCCUUUGGGAAAAUCUCGUAAGUUCCAUGAAGUCACACCCUUUUGUGGAUUAUGUUUUGCUUUUGUCUGAAUAAUGUUGAGUGGUGGUGUGUUGUUACUUUGAGCCAGAUGACCUCUCUAUAUAAUUUUUUUUUAACCCCUGUUUUCCUAAAACCAUGCAAAGAGUUUCAUAGAUUUAUUUAUUUUUAAUUUGGUUACCUUUGGUUGUUAACAUAUUUGCUCAUUUUGGGAGUAAAUUGAUGCAAAGAUAAACAUUUACUUUACAUUUGUCAUUUGUGCCAGGAUUAGCUGGCACAUUUAGUCCCAGUUCUGUCAGAAAUGAAGUCUUUGUUUCUCCUUUAUAUAAAAUUGUUUGUCACAGCAGUUGAGAACAGGAUGUCAUAGUGUUUUAGAGACUAUAAUUUUGGUUUAAAGGUAGUAUUUGAUUGCAUUGAUAACUUGAAUAGUCCCAUAAUCAGUUAUGAUCAGCAAGCACAGGGCAGUAUAGACAAUAUUGUGUACCCAGAUCGAUCUGUUGUGCACCUUAAAAUUUUUCAUCACUCCACUGCUUUUCCGAAAUUGGUAAGUAGUUUUGAUUUACCUAAAAAUUAAAAUUUUUAGUUGUCAACAAACAAAAAAAACAACAACAUUAUGCACUGCUACUCUGCAAAAUUUUCAGAGUCUCCUUUAGCUCUGAGUGUCAGUUAAUAGAGCUCUGGUUAUUUUACAGAAAUGCUCAUAGGAUUGGACAGGAGCUUGAAGGCUAACAGCAAGGAACUGUGCACUCUGGGAACUCAGAUGUAGAUUUUUUUUCUAUUUUACUCUUUGCUUUUUAUAUUUGUAUACUGCAAUAUUUUUCUAUUAACGCUGACGUAGUGUAGACUUUUAACAAUCCUCAGAUAAUUCAUGAAUAUUUGCUUGUAAAAUUGUUUUAUGAUGGUUUUCCUAGUUGUGUUGAUAGUUUGAUUCUCCUGAAAUUCUGAAAAUGUUAAUUUCUCGAAAUUUGCAGCUUCCCAAACUCCAUAUUGGUGGUAAAGAAUUGACCAGGAAAAAUAAAGAAAUCUGUUAACAGGCCAUGGAUGCACGAGUGGUGAAGGAUAUGACAACAGGGAAAUCAAAGGGGUAUGGAUUUGUGUCCUUCUAUAACAAACUGGAUGCUGAGAAUGCUAUAGUACACAUGGGGGGUCAGUGGCUUGGUGGACGGCAAAUCCGGACUAACUGGGCAACUCGGAAACCACCCGCCCCCAAGAGUGUGCAAGACAACAGCUCCAAGCAGCUGAGGUUUGAUGAGGUGGUAAACCAGUCGAGUCCUCAGAACUGCACAGUGUACUGCGGUGGCAUUCAGUCAGGUCUCACAGAACACCUUAUGCGACAGACGUUUUCUCCUUUCGGACAGAUAAUGGAGAUCAGAGUUUUUCCGGAGAAGGGUUAUUCUUUUAUCAGGUUCUCCUCUCAUGAAAGUGCUGCUCAUGCCAUCGUCUCAGUGAAUGGUACCACCAUUGAAGGUCAUGUUGUGAAGUGCUACUGGGGCAAAGAAUCACCCGACAUGGCCAAAAAUGUCCAACCCAUGGAGUAUGGUCAGUGGGGACAUUGGAAUCAAAUGUACGGCAAUCCUCAACAAUACGGUCAGUACAUGACAAAUGGAUGGCAAGUACCAUCGUAUGGAAUGUACGGACAAACAUGGAAUCAGCAAGGAUUUGGUGUAGAACAAUCACAGUCUCCUGCCUGGGUGGGAGGCUUUGGGACGCAACCCUCUCAGGCUCAGCCUGGCCCAGUGAUGAACCAGGCUAACUUUGGCAUGGCCGGGUACCAGACACAGUAAUCUGACCUUCGUUCUCCAUUACACAUGCCUCUCACGUCUAUACAUCCUGCACUCACAGGGAGGGUAGCUAAAAACUAAUAGGUGCACAUAAUCUUUUCCCUACAAGCUUUGGAUCUGAAGCAGGAAUCGCUUUAUUGUAAAGAUGCAAAUUUAGAUUAGAGGCAAUUGAGAUGAGCGCCUUCAAUGGAAAUCUGAAUUAAUUCACGAGAUUUGUUCCUGUUUUAGUGGAAUUCGAGAUGUACAUCUCUUGUAUCCUCACCAUUUUUUUUUACUGCAUAUCUUGAGGAAAACUGCUGAUUUUCCCUUAAAUCCCAGCUUCAGGAACUUCACAGGUACAUUGCAGAAAACCCAUGGUGUAAAUGGUUUUUUGAACUAAGUAUUUUCUUUUCUUUUUUUCUUUUUUUUCUCUUCCUAAACUGAUCAUGCGUUUGCUUGUUCAUUGCAGUAUGGACUUUGAAUUUUGUACAAAAACACAACAAAUGGCAACAAAAAAAACUUUCAUUCUGCAUUCUGACUUGGCAAACAAAUGUAAGUAAAGGCACUUUUUGGGGGUUCAUUGAACCUGUGUCUUGUAAAUGUUGACGUGUAAAUGAAUUUCUAUGUGCAGUGGUGUAUAUUUAAUCCACAUUAGCUCCCUUGUUCUCCUCCGAUUCUAGAGCUCUUUGAUACGGUGUGUAUAGUGUAUCUUUUUACUCCAAUUUACAGACAGUGAAAUCUCUCCCAUUCACUAUGGAGAAAAGGUCAUGAUGGCCAUACCUGUAAAUAUCUUUUGAUAUCUUGGCCUGGAAUAAGGGUUUCAAAGCAUGCGCUCUACUUGACAGACUUUUGCAGAACUAAUGCAGCGUAUGUUAGACAAACGUUACGUGUGUGACUGACAGUUACAAGCAAGCCUUAAUUUUUGCUCAGUCCCACACAAUUUCAGUUGAACACUUUGAGACCCUCGUAGAAAGCUGUAUGAUUUAUUUUAGAGCCUACUGUAAAUUUGUCCUUUUGCUGUUUUAACAAAUAUGCGUGCCAUUUUUGAGUAGCCAGAGAUAAGGUUUGGAUUUUUUUUUUUUUUUUUUUCCCUUGGGGAUGGUAAGGAAUUGCAUGUUUCAAACCAUAAUAUUGAGGUUGCUCAAAGCAUUGAAUGUAAAAGGCAGAAAUGUUUGAAUACAAUUUAGCAUUUCAAGUUUUCUUUUUAGUCUAAAUGAGUCUCAAUAAAUGAACCAUUGGACAAGAAA